UGUGGGCGAAGGAAACGAAAGCGAAGAAGCUUGUUGGCUUACUUGAAUAUAAUUUGAUUUUAUCAAAUAAACACCGCAGUUUAUUAACUGGUAAAAAUACUACAGCUUAUAAAACUUUUUGUUUGUUCAAUAACAAUUUUUGACUUGAACGAACAGCUCUUGUCAAGCCCGAAUCUCCUAAAAUAAGCAGAGACAUCCAGUGAAUGUCAGAAAGACAAAACGAUGAUGGUGUUUGAACUGCCAACACACUGAGUUCUCUCGCAGAAGACACCUAAUGAAAAAUUACUGCAACGUAACAGAAUCCAGUAUGGAGGACAAGGCAAAUGGUUCAGUUGACACCAAAAGCCCAGUGGAGAACGGUCAGCUGCCAGACCCUUCCAACUGGGGAGUUGCUGACGUUGUCAAUUAUUUCAAGGCAACAGGGUUCGAGGAGCAGGCUACAGCUUUCCAAGAUCAGGAAAUUGACGGCAAGUCUUUGCUCCUGAUGACGCGUAACGACGUCCUAACAGGACUGUCGAUAAAACUCGGCCCCGCGUUGAAAAUCUACGAGUACCACGUGAAGCCGCUGCAAACGCAGCACCUGAAGAGCAACGUGUCGUAGCACUGCCAGCUGCCCCGCCACCCACCUCAGCGACAAUCAUCAUGUCAGGAGACUCCAGGUUAGCUGCGGCUUCACAAAGACUCUUCUGCCAACAGAGGCACCUUGAUGAGAUUUGAAUGCUGUUUUUUUUGUUGUUGUUUUUGUUUUGUUUUGUUUUUUGUUGUUUUUGUUUUAAUAAGCGCGAAUCCCAAAACCCUGGUCUGCACACUGCAUCCACUCAGCUGUUUACCCCUUCAGCCAUUAUUAUUUCUGCUGCUUAAGAUAUGUAUUUUUGUGUUUUAUUUAAGACAAGAGAUUAAGAGUGAGUAUUCUGAAGGCUAGAUUUGUGUGUUUGUGUGGUGAAUGUGUGUGCAAAGUAAAUUAAACCGCAAUGGGGUUUUUUAAGUAUUUGUAAAUAAGAUGAUAUAUAGUUGAAAAGGAUGUAUGUUCUGUUAUAUUUGAACACUUUGAUACGUGCAGAAAAUUAUUAUGAUCCCAUUGUGUUUCCCUGAAUUUAGUUUUUAUGUUUUAAACUGCACAUCUGAGUCCAUGAUUUGUCCAGAGCAUGUAACAAUUAAUCACUUUGUUUUCCAGGACUUUUAUCUAAAGCCUCUUUGUUUCUUCAAGCCAACUUUAUUUAGACUUGAGGCUCUUGGUAUGAAAAUCUUUCUGUAUAUAUUCUUAUUACUUAUUACCUGUGGUGCUUUCAGCUUUGUCACAUGGACAGCUGUAUUGAAGUGUUCAUGACCCACGUUUUGGUGCAACAUAACACUGGAGUUUGAAUAUCUUGAGUCUAAAAUUGAUGAUAAAUGGUGCUUUUUUUUCUCACCAAAGAACAUCAGUUUGACUUUCUUGACUUUUUUUGUUCACAUAGUUAGCUGGCAACAUAUUAUUUAUCUCUUUUACACACCCACUCAAAUUUCAGACCAUUUCAGAUGAUGUAAGGGGACAUUAAAGAUAUAAAACGAUGUAUGUCUUUUGUUAUGUUCUUUGAACAUAACAAAAGAACCCUAACAGAAGACAGAAGAGAUGGAUUAGGAGAGUAAAUAAAAAAACACUAGCAAACUUCAAGAAACCAUGCAAUAUAACGAAUAAUGUGCCAAAAUGUUUCUACACUGGUACAAGAAAUUAAUAAACUCAAAGAAAAUUA